CGGCCAGGCUGGAGGCGCGGCGGCGGCACCUGGCGGGCGCGGCGGGGCAGCCUGCUCAUUGCUGGUAGGGCGGCGGCAGCGGGAGCAGCGCUCGGCCCGGGGCCGCGCCGGGAGGGACCAGCCUCGCCUCUUGCAUCUCGGGGAGGAGGAGGAGGAGGCGGAGGAAGAGAAGAAGGAGGAGGAGGAGGAGGCUCUGCUGCUGCUUUUCCGUCGGUAGUAGCGGCGCGGCUGCGGGAGAAGAGGAGGAUGAGCCGUGCGGUGCUGGCCUGGCUGGUGCUCUGCGGGAGCCUGACGGCGCCGCGCCUUGCCCGAGGGGACUUGUGUGACUCCAACCCUUGCAAAAAUGGUGGCAUCUGUCUGUCAGGGCUGAAUGAUGACUUUUACUCAUGCGAGUGUCCUGAAGGCUUCACAGAUCCGAACUGUUCUAGUGUUGUGGAGGUUGCCUCCACUGAAGAGGAACCAACUUCAGCAGGACCCUGCUUUCCUAAUCCAUGCCAUAAUGGUGGGAUGUGUGAAAUUAGUGAAGCAUACCGAGGCGACACAUUCAUAGGAUAUGUUUGUAAAUGCCCAGAAGGUUUUAAUGGGAUUCACUGCCAGCACAAUGUAAAUGAAUGUGAAGCUGAACCCUGCAAGAAUGGUGGAAUCUGUACAGAUCUUGUUGCCAACUAUUCAUGUGAAUGUCCAGGUGAAUUUAUGGGGAGAAACUGCCAACAGAGAUGCUCUGGCCCACUAGGGAUAGAAGGAGGAAUUGUGUCAAACCAACAAAUUACUGCAUCAUCCACUCAUCGAGCUCUCUUUGGACUCCAGAAAUGGUAUCCAUACUAUGCACGACUUAAUAAGAAGGGUCUUGUGAAUGCUUGGACUGCUGCAGAAAAUGACAGAUGGCCAUGGAUUCAGAUAAACCUACAGAAGAAGAUGCGAGUCACUGGAGUUAUAACCCAAGGUGCCAAAAGGAUUGGAAGUCCAGAGUAUGUGAAAUCUUACAAAAUUGCUUAUAGCAAUGAUGGGAAGUCAUGGACGAUGUACAAAGUAAAAGGCACAAAUGAGGAUAUGGUGUUCCGUGGAAAUGUGGACAACAAUACCCCGUAUGCUAACUCCUUCACACCUCCAAUAAAAUCACAGUACAUACGCCUGUAUCCUCAGGUUUGCCGACGACAUUGCACAUUGAGAAUGGAACUCCUGGGCUGUGAGUUAUCAGGUUGCUCUGAACCCCUGGGGAUGAAAUCAGGGCAUAUACAGGACUAUCAAAUUACUGCCUCCAGUGUUUUCCGAACGCUCAACAUGGAUAUGUUUGCUUGGGAGCCCAGAAAAGCCCGACUGGACAAGCAAGGCAAAGUUAAUGCCUGGACCUCGGGCCACAAUGACCAAUCCCAGUGGCUGCAGGUUGAUCUACUUGUCCCUACAAAAAUCACCGGCAUAAUUACUCAAGGUGCUAAAGAUUUUGGUCACGUCCAGUUUGUGGGAUCCUACAAGCUUGCCUACAGUAAUGAUGGGGAACACUGGGUCAUAUACCAGGAUGAAAAACAGAAGAAGGAUAAGGUUUUCCAGGGAAACUUUGACAAUGACACACACCGGAAGAACGUCAUUGACCCUCCGAUCUACGCCCGGCACAUCCGCAUCAUCCCAUGGUCGUGGUAUGGCCGGAUCACCCUGCGGUCAGAGCUGCUGGGCUGCACGGAGGAGGACUGAGGUGGGGUUCUGCUGGGCGUCAUAGCUCUCAGUACCCCUACUGGUCCCUUCGUAGAAGAAACUGCAAAGCCUGUAGGAAGCUGAGUGGGUUUUUCAUGAUCAAGUGCUCAUUUUAUGGUAGGCCGCUAAAUGUCUUUCGCAAGGAGGUCUAAGCCUGCCCUUUAAAUGAUCCAAUCCGAUUUUGUCCUUGAAAUAUGUUAGUGUUGUCCCUUUUGCUGUGGCAUUAUCUUUCUAGCUCUCCUUUAAUUUGUUCACACUAGUUGAAAUGUGUUAGGGAAAAACAGCAGCAUCCUUUUUACAAGGGAAGAGAAAGAGCAUGACAAAGCUCAUUUGCAGCUUCAGUAACAUUGGGCUGACAAGUUCUCCAUAAAUCAUACUGUCAUCUUACUUGCAAAAAGUGAUACUGCAGCUUUUAGCAAUAAGUUUACUUGGGGAUGACUGCAUUAUAGUAAUUGUGCCUAUCAAACACUGUCACUAUUUAUGACAUAUUUUGGAAAAUACUUCGUGGUACCGUAAAAUACAGUACCUGUGAUAUUACUAGCUACCUUUCAUUAUUCCUAUCUAAACAGCAGAGUCCAUUCACCUAAAGGGUUUUCCUAGCUAGCCCCAUGUUCCUUCUCAAUUUUGCAUAUUAUAGACAUAACCUUCAUGCUUUCUGUUCAGUAUCACUGUUAAUGUUAUUUUCUUUGAAAGACCCAUUUGUAUAUGGAAUAAAAUUUGCUGUCAGUACAUUAUGAAGUUAACGAAUUUGCCAAAGUACAUUAAUUCUGCUUGAAUGGUGUUCUUGCAAGGAUGCUGAGGUGAGACAGGCGGGUUCUUGUGGUUCCAUGUCUUCAGUACAUGCAAAGGUAAAGGCACAGUGCACAGCAUAAAUCUUGAACCCAUUGCAUGACUUACCCAGGAGUGAACUGCCCUCGGUGGAGCUGCCCAUCUGACUUCUUCUUUCAGAAACCUUCUUCCUGUGAGGAGACACAUGAUAUGAAGGAAUGAGGUGCCAUGAAGCAUGUGGAAGGAAUGACCUCCUUGCUGCUGGGAAAUCUUCCUGCUGGGCUUUUCUAAUGGCACCAGUCAUGUUCUUUCUCCCAAGCAUGGAGGCAAGAGAUGUUGUAGGAGUGCACCAGAUUUGGGCACCUGGUUUCCUCUGCUCCCAGCUGUGUCUUUGCUGAGUAUGCCACUGAGCCACAAGGAGGCUGAUCUUUGUCAUGCUUCAUCUACAGAAAUGCUUCAUACUAUGCUGUUUUAAGAAAGUAUGUCCAGUUAGGGCCCUAGGACCCAGAAAAAAAUUAAACAGUGAUGGGAUUUGUAAGAUGCUAGAAGUACGGUUAGGCAUUGGGUGGCAGUGCAGAUUUCAUUGGGUGGAGGCGGAGGGUGCUGCUAUGCCUUAUAGGAUCUAGAAACAAGACAGGUAAAUGGACUUGGCUGCAUGAGGUAGCUGAGCAGCAAGAGUGAAAGAAGGGAUGGGGAAGGGCAUUGCAGUCAUGGCUCUGGUGUUUGUUUGCUGGGCAGUAACCUCACCCCACAAAUGGAGAUAAUCACACCGAUCUUGUGAAGCACUCUGAGCUUCCUAAGCACAAGGUGCUCCAUGAUGAUGUAGCACCAGAACCUUUAAGACCUUGGGACAAGGAGUUAGGAGAUGUUGUAUUUGCUACCUGAAAUAAUGGGAUCACAUGGGAUCACACUGUUAACUUCAUAACAUGCUGAUGGCAAAAUAUAAAUUACUUAUAUAUAUAUAUAUAUACAGCUGCAUGUUCUAGCAAAUAUCACUGAACUUAAUUUCUGUCACCGUUACAUUCUCACUGAAACCAAAACACUGAAGUAUGAGCCUGAGUCCUGCUUCCCAGACAAAUGCCCCAUUGGCCCACAGUCUGCAAAGGGAAAAGUUUGUUUUGGAAACAAAACGGUUUGGAUUUCAAAACCUGCAUUUAAUCACACAUUCUCCACCACAGAGAAAAUAUAUAAUCCAUUUAACUGUGAAAGACCCUAGAUUAGCAGCCAGGAAUUUUACUUGCAAGAAUUGGGGAUAUAUAGGUGGCGGUUUUCGGAUAGUGUCACUUAAACUGUCACAUUUUAACAAACAGAACACCCUGCCUCUAUAAAAUGAUUUAAUCCUUAAACUGUAUUUAUACAAGUAUUUAUUUUAUAAGGCUUAGACAUAUAAAGACUUCUACAGGAAAGUCUUAUAAAGGUGAAAGUAUGUGGAAGAAAUGUUGAAGUCCUGUGCAACACUGCUAAGUUCGUUCUUUAUUUUUUACUUUGUGCUGCAUAACAAAAGCCACUAGACUGUUAAUGUCUUGUCUGUAACUGUGUUAACAGCAUUCCUUAAUGAUGUAUAUAUGAAGUGGUCUUCAAGCAUAGUGAGUGAUUUUAAAGAGAAAGUCAAUCAUGGGGAUACGUAAAAUUCUAGAGAAAAACUGUAUUCUUAAGUUAACCACUGUCAACGUUUUGCACCUCAAACUCUUCAUUAAAAAACAAAAGCAAACAAAAAAAAUGUUUUUAAGGACGCACAGUAUUUAAAGACAUCUAAAACCAUUUUUCAGUUUUAAGAUAGCAACUGAGUAUUUAUUUAUAGACUGGAACAAUAGCCAUGUAUCUAAUGGACUGUGUAACCUAAAAAAGGGAGGCAUUUCUGCAAAUUGGAGUCUCUAGUUCAUCAAAUAUUUUCAGUUUUGUUUUGGAAUAUUCAUUCCCAAGUGAUUGUUUUUUUCAUGUUUUGCAACUUUUGGUAUUGUCUUCCGUUGCUAAUUCGAUUGCUAACCAUUUAUCUGCAUAUAAAAGUAGUGUUGUUAGAAUACCUAAAAUAGUCACUUUAUUUUGUGUUAACUUGGAGUUGAGUAAUUUCAUUCUUUUACUCUGUGUUAGCUUCCAUCUGCCAGCAGCUUUUGCAACCUGGAAACAAAGCUCUGUACUUUAUAAUAAUAUGCUCCAAUAAAUUAUAAACGAAUCAUAUAGGUGUGCCCCAACACUUUCAGCCAGUCUGCUGUGGCUUUAUUACUGAAAUUAUUCUUUAGCUGCCAGAAACUUUCUUUAAAUGGUAUUGAGCAGCCAUAAAACCAAACUGUAUUCCUGCUGUUAUUUCAUACUGAAAUAAUUCUUGAUAUCAGGUGUGCUCCCGUAUUAUGGUUUUUCCCUUUAUUUUACUCUCCCCAAUUUGUGCAUGAAAACCACUGACAGAAGGGACAAGUGAUAACUAACACAGCCGUACUUUCCCAGUGAAAGCAAUUGGCAUACCAAAAAGAGAAGCACAUAAAGGAUAAGUGGAAAAACACUUUGAAAGGAUCCUUGGGUAUUAAUUGUGACAGUGACAUUGAACAAGAGUGAAAGCACACUCUUAAUUAAAUUUCACUCGGAACCAGCUAAGUAGGCACCAUUCUGCGGCUCCGCAACAUACUAUGUUUUUAGCCUGGGAAAACAAGCACUGGCACCAGGCUCAGUUUUAUCUGUGUGAAGGGCUUAUCAUGCUACCUGGCUGUGGUCACCUGGUUGACUUUCUCUUUGGGAAUGGCUGCAUACAAAUACAUGUGAGUUUUGAAGACUAAGGAUACUAAAUGAGUGUAUCUUUGCUAUACAACAAAUAUGAUCUAUAAUAUUCAGUGCUGGCUUCUGAUGUGUCAGUAAGUACAAAAGUGUCUUGGACACAAAGACCUUUGCAACCUUUCAAGCUGUGUAAUAUUCAAAUGGUUUUGUAUAUACUUAAAUCAUGUAGGAUGAUGUAAAACCAGUAUGACCUUGUCUAGUCUUCAAACUUAUCAAUAAAACUUUUGAAAAAUGA